UCUCUCUUGUGAAGAAUAGCAUAUAAGAUGAUUGUCUGUCCAUCAGACGGCUCCAUCUAAUAAGCACUGGACCGCCCGCGUUAGACUAUAUCACUUCAACCUCGAUUUUGAAUACAGAACUCUCUCGAGUAUGAAGGAGGUUGCAGGAUAUUUUGUACCCAUCGACAUCGUCCACCAAGUUCUCGAUACCCUCCACAUACCCGAUGACGGCAUUCACGAUGAUUUCCUCGAGAAUCCUAUCAACGAUUGGCUCGCCGAUCAGAAGAAAAACAUCCUUGCCGCUGUCCACGACCGUUCACCCAUGGUGGGCACCCCCGACGACCUCGGGGUGAUGUUCCUCACCCAGUUCGUCGAGGCUGUUGAGGGUGCAGCGCGCCCAGAGGAGACAGAGAAGGACUUGGAAGUCAAGAAAUGGCUGGUGGAGGAGGGCGGUGCGCCGGAAGGGAAGGUGGAGUGGUUGAGGUUCUAUGACACUGCUCGCAUAACUUUGAACGGUACGAAGCCAGUGAGGAGAAACGUAAGGCCUGACUAUCACAAGCGCGAGGUGUACGAACCGAUCAGGCAGAGGGGAAUUGAAAGAGAGAAAGCACGGUUGGCCGAAUUGAAGAAGAUGACCGCGGAGGAUCUGGAGGAGUUACGGGCGAAAGGAUAUGGCUCGGAAGUCAUAAGUGCAGCAGAAUUGGAAAGGAUAAAAUCUCUCUGACGCACUCAAUUUACUCGACCUUAUAUGUCUAUAUCCAUGCUUCAUGUUAGGUCUCUGCAAAGAUCGUUGU